CCUUGAGACCGGCUGGGUGAGGCCAUGUAUCGGAUACCAGAGCUUUACACGUCCAGGAAGACGCGGGUGAACCGGCAGGCCAACCCCCAGGCCGACCAUUUGGGAUUACGAUUAGGGAUAUGGUACUGGAAAGAUGAAACCAAAACUCUUGAAUUCAGAAGUUUUACACCUGCAGUAGAGCCCAAGGAAAAAGGAAAGAAAGGCAAAGCAGUUCACUUUGCUGAAAUUGAUGGCCCAGCUUCAGAGAGAUUGACAGAUAAAAGGUUCACUUCAAGAGACGAUAAGUCACUGAAAGCCUCAGAGAAACGCAGUCAGCAAGGCAACGUUACGCUACACGAUGCUAAGUUUGUUGCUUUGCUUUUGCUACAAGAUACUGAGAUGCAGCGGGUCUGUUCUUUUACAACAUUUAUGAGGAAUAAGUAUCUUGACAACUUCCUCAUGGCAUUAUUAUACUACUUAGCUCAUUACUUGGAAAAAAACUCACUGGAAAGGAAACCGCAAAGCUAUAUGGUGGGCCUUGUAGAGAAAAAAGAGAUGGAACUGGUUUUAAGUAAGUUAGAAGCAGCACAGAAGUACUUGGCACAGAAGUACUGUAUCCUUGUUCUGGGCUUGGGAAUGCCCGAUAAGCAUCACAUGUGCUGUGGGAAGGAGAAAAUAUCAGAUACACAAAAAGACUGGAAAUUCUUUGAGUCCUUCUAUACUUUCUGUACAUACGUAGCUUGGAUUGUCUUCCGGCGUCAACACUUCGUAGAGAUUGAGGAAGAAAUUGGGAGGCUCUUUCGUACCAACUUAUUCAACAUUCCUCGAAGGAAGCGAGAAGAGGAAGAAUCAGGAGGAGAAAAGAAGCGCAUGACUUUUGCACAAUUCAGGAGAAUGAUGGCAAAACGCCCAGCGAUUAAAAAAGCCAUUAACAUGCGUUCUCCAGUCAUGUCCACUUUGCUGCCAUCGUUCAGAGAAAAAGCUCAGAGUGUCUUUGAGAAAAAGGGCCAUCAAGUAGGCAUCAGACUGUCAGGCGAGAUUCACAAACAGCAGGAUAAGCUGGACACUGUGCCCAUGCCAAUAGUUGGCAUCUUGGGGGAGCCUCGGUGUUUGUUCAACCCCCAUACCCUUAUCCCCUAUGACUCAGAAGAAAACUUACAACAAUCUGGAAGAAAUUCUUCCCUGAUAGAAAGAAACAACAUGAAGAUUCAGGAUACGCUGGAUAUGGUAAUAAGAACACUGUGUUCUCAAACAUCUCUCCCUAAGUAAACUGGGCCAUUCAGUUUCUGUAAUUAAAUCUCUGUAUUUGAAGUAAACUACUUUGACUUAUUCAUUAACAUAGGACUUACAUUUGUCAUUUAAUUUUUAGGAGUAUUCACAUUUUGUUAAAAGUUCAAUAGACUAUUAAAGAAUUCCAGGAAACUCUUGAAAAACUCAUUUUCCUACAUUUAAGAGCUUACUUUGGUAUUUAUUUAAUUCUUUGGCUCCUGUGUUUCUAUUCAGAGCUAUGUGGCAAGGCAUUUAGCCAGUAUUCUAGUGGGAAUA